CAAAAUUGACUGGCCUCUAGAAUGGUCCAAGGCCUAUUUCUUAUUAUAAAAUAAAUAGGCCAAUAUAGAGUGAGCUCUGUUCCGUCCAAAUCAGAUAGUUAGGUUUUUUUUUUAAUAACUGUUUUCUUAGAGAUCCUCUGCUUGGAGUGAAUUUGGAGAAAAAUGUGGCUUUAAAGUAAGAUGCAGCCCACGGUAGCAUUUCAAAUCCCAACUGUAUAUUUGGAGUGGAUCCACGUCAAGCCUUAUUUGUUUCAGAGAAGAAAAAACCCAUGUUUCUUUCUAAGAAAUGGAGAAAUCUUCUUUGCAGGUGUAAGGCUUGCACAGAAUUCUCUGUCCAAAAGGGCAUUGGCUAUCUAAUUGAUGAGGACUCAAUUGAGGAAUAUGAAAAGGUGGCAAUGGAAAAGAGGAAGGAGAAAUUGGAGCAACAGGAAGGAGUGGAGUUAAAUUUUCUCAGCAAACUUGGUCAUGUCCAAAAGAUUGAGAUUCUGAAUGGCAUUGCUGACAUGAAGAAUGAGCUCAGGUCCUUCAUGUUUCUUUUGUUUUACAGAACAAAGGUAUAUUUCAGCAGUGGGUGAUCCAGGCAUGAGAAGAGAUGGAUUGAGAGUGGCAUUUGAAGGAUGGAAUUUUUGCAAUGAAGUUGGCAAUGAAAUUCCUGAGAUGGGAAGUCCUAGAGCAGCUGACUGUUUUGAUUUCUUAAGUAAGCUCAAAC